UGAAUCCCAGAAGAAACGCAAAAACCAAAAAUUUCAUCGUCGUCAAAAUUUUCCCACCGUUUCCCGCUCUGAAAAUGUUCUCAACAAUUUUCAUUUUCGAACUCCGCUUUCUUCUUCUUCUCCUCUCUCUGCAAAAUCUCCCUCCAUUUCUCCCCCGAUAACAUUCCCUUCACAAUCGAACCCAGUUUCCGAAUUCAAGUUUCCACAACCUAGGGAAGAAAAAAUCAAUGGACAAUGGCUGCGGCAUUGCCAAAACCAUUUGUUCAAUCUGCUACGAGGAUCUGAAGCCCAUCGUCGAGGACCUCCAAUCCAUCGCCAUCUGUGGCCAUGUCUUCCACGAGCUCUGUUUACAGCAGUGGUUUGAGUACUGUUCGAGCGGGAAGAAGAAGUACAGUUGCCCUAUGUGCAAGCAGACCUGUGGGGCGAAGGAUGUUGCGCGGCUUUAUUUUCAGUCUGUGGGAGACGCGAGUAAUGAUUCGGUACUCACUCAGAAGCCGAGGGAUUGGGUUGAGAGAGAUCCGGAGGCGUUGCGGAUUGAGGUGAAGAGGCUGGAGAUGAAGGUGUCGGUGCUUAAUUCUGCAUUGGAGGGUCAGGGGAAGGAUCUCAAACAGCUCAGUGAGGAGCUUCAUAUUUGCCAGGAUGAAGUGAAGAAGGAAGUAGGGUUAAGGAAUGAAGCCGUGAAACAAAAAGCUCUAAUGUCUCAAAUGCUUCAUCUAAAAUCUGAGGAACUUGAUAAAUCAACUGUAGAGUGCAAAAGGUUGCACGAAAGAAGUAUGGCUUUGGCUAAAGAGCUUGCAGCUUUCAAGUUGGUAACUGAACUGGAUCUUGAUGAAGAAGAGGUUCUAAAGCUUUCUUCACUGGGAAGUGGAGCAGACAAUAAAGAUACAAUUGACAUUCUAAGGAAAUCCUUGGUCAUGCGGAAUAGGAGUUAUAAAGAACUGAUGACAAAGUGCAAUCUUCUUGGAAGGGGAGAGGCUCACUCUUGUAAAAAACUUGGGAAGGCAAAAGAGAAAAUAAUUAAACUGAAGGCAAGGGUCCAAGAACUAGAGAAAGCCGGUGAAGAUAAAGAAAACGAAGUUUUGAGAGGCUUGAAGGACUCAAAAAAUGCUAGCAUUCAAGGGGUUCAGGAUUUCGUGUGUUGUAAAUGUAACAUGAUAUCAGCCAAAAAUGAGCCCGCUGCUCCACCAGAUGCUUCAGGUUCAACUGCUAGCCAGAUAAACGAUUUAUUAUCUUCAAGAAAAGGGAAGAUUCUUGAAUUUGUUGGUACAAGCAAUUUGAACUUGGUAGACACAACUAAGAACAUUUCCUCCUCAAUGGAUAAGAAAACUUCAGAAUUCUCUCAAAUCGAGAAUGCCAAUGUAAACCCUAAUUUAGGAAGCCAAAUAAACGAGGAAGAAACAGACCAAAGGUCUUAUCAUCCCCAGUUGAAGACUUGCAUUUUGAUCAGAAAAAGAGCAGCAGAAAGAACAACUAACCCAGUGAAUGUUAUGCCUUCAACAGCUACAGUCAAUAAUACAAGCAUGACUUCAGCUGUUCCUGGGGAUAAAUGCAUGCCUUUAGUAAUUGAAGACACUGCACAAUGUGAACCUGUACUUAACAUUAGGCGAGAAUCCUCUAGCCACUUACCACUUAAUAAACCAGGGGAUAUAUGUUUUUCCGGUGGACUACUCGGUCCUGAUGGAUCAAGUAGGUACUUGGGUAAAUGGUGCAAGCGUGGCCAGAUCAAUGGGUCGGAUGCCAUUCAAGGUUCACGUACCGGUGAGCUUAUCGUCGUCGGUGCAGACGGGAGAGGUGGACAAAUAAAAGUCCUGAGAUCUCAAAAUGAAUCGUCACUGAUCAACACGACUUUGGCAGGGGCAAAGAGGUGCAAGAACGGAGUAAAAAAUGUUAAUAUGCGAAUAGAACACUUCUUUUCCAGGUGUUAGGAACGACAACUGGUAGGAUUUAGUGAGACCUAUUAGAGAGAAGGCGAGAUAGACUGAUCCACAGUGGCUAUUUCUAUCUCAUACCAUUAUUCCCUCUCGUGUUCCUUUACCCUUUUAGGCAGUCACUAGAGAGCUCGUUUUAUAGGUGUAAAUUUUGUCAUUUAUCAUAGGUGAUAGGAGAAGGUAGAACUGAACUGUUUGGUUUCACAUUCUUGGUCCUUUUAGAGAAUUGGAUUACUGGCAACUGAAAGGUGAGGGUUUUUGGUCCUGAUUUCGUCCUGUAAAUAUAACUUGGAAUACCCUCAAGGUUAGCUUGGACAUACUUUGACGUCCUAUGAAAUAACUCAACCAAUUGGUCAGAGUUUCGAUAAUGUUUUCUA